GAAGCGCGCGCGUCUCUACGCACACCCAGUGUCUACGCGCGUACUCUUUCUCUCUCUCUCUCUUUCUCUCCUGCGAGGCGACCGGCGCGAUAUGAAAUAUCAUCGAGUAAUCCUAACCGUCGCCGUACACACGGCGCGAAGAGAGCGCGAGCGGCCAAGUGACAGCGACGUGAAGAGCGAACACCUCAAGGCUAUUUAACGUCGCGUUUAAGCGACGAUCAAGACGAUCAAACGUCGCGCCCGGCAACUCGGAUCACCGAGCGCUCGUGCUCGAUCCUUCAUCAAGCCCCCCGCGCGGAAGCGCAUUGACGAAAAUCUCGCCAAUUAUUCACGAGAUCGCCGCCGACUCCGUCGAGGCCGGGCCGCAAAGCGCAGCUUCGUCGGCCGUGCCCGCGAGACUACAGUGUCGCGCAAGACGAGCCGCGUAAGACGAGGAGCAGUGGAAUAGAAGUAAACCGACCGCGAGAGAGAGAGAGAGAGAGAGAGAGAGAGAGAGAGAAAAAAAGGAGAGACGGAGGAGGAACAUAAUCUCCCGCGAGCGCGUUACCUGCGCUCUCACGACACUCCACACCUGCGAGAGCCGCUGCGCGCGUGUUCUCGCCGGCGCGGCGUCCGGCCCACCGGCCCACACGCACAACCGCGCGCGCGAAUACGCGGCCCACGCGCUGUGUGCAGCGCGGGACACACGCGAGGAUGGGUGGCAACAUCCCACGCAACGGGCCACGUACGCGCGUAUGUACGUACGUGCAGCGCGGCUUCGCCUCGGCUCGCGCGAGUAAAGUAGGGAUAUACCGGCGGUGUUCUCCAGGCAUAAAAGGUCCAUGCUUGGUGUAUGUCAGUGUCAGUGACGGGGAGAGGAACGAAGAGGCACGGCGGAGAAGUGAGCAGAGUGUGGUCACCUAGAGAGAGAGAGAGAGAGAGAGAGAGAGAGAGAGAGAGAGAGAGAGAGAGAGAGAGAGAGAGAGAAACAGAGAGAAAGAGAUCGAGUCGGAGCACGGGCGAGUCGCACAUCGCCGAUGCCACAUCGACUCGCGGUACCGAGCCGAGAACAUCGGCGAGAGCGCGUGUCUCUCAAGUAGUCUCUCAUACAUUCGUGCGGACCAGCGAGAAGGAUCAGACGCGAUCGGAAGAAACGAGUUUGUAAACGAGGCCGGUCACCGCGACGGGCUUCGCUACCAGCCUACUCCGGCGAGAGAGAGAGAGAGAGAGAGAGAGAGAGAGAGAGAGAGAGAGAGAGAGAGAGAGAGAGAGAGAAAGAGAGAGAGAGUCCUCCUGCCGUGCGCGCCCAGCGGAAAGAGAGAACGAGGUGACGGUGUGGUAACGUGCUUGUGCUGUAUGUAAGACUGCGCGCCUACACGAAGAAGCAAGUAGUUUUCGGGAGAGCGUCGCCGGGCGCCGGUGAUAAGCGCACCGCGUGCUGCAGAUAAACAAAGUUUCCGCGAGAGCUGAGAUCGCGCAGCGAGCCGGAGAGAGCGAGCGACGGUGAAGUUGUUGAGUGAAUCGGACGGAGCCUCGAGAGGUGUGCAUGCGUGCGUUUUGGGAUUACUCUUCAGCCUCUUCAUUCUCUUCCUCAUCGCAUCCCCACGCGCCGCUGUGUGGAUCGUAAACAAGUGAUCAGGCUGGGCCGACGCGAGCCAUCAGGAUGACCAUCCACAAGAAAGGCGCGACCUCGAAGACGAAGGGCAAGGGGGCGUCGAAGAACGAGGUGGCGGCCACGACUUCGACGUCCUCGGGCGUAGCGAGCACGGAGACCGUCGAGGUCGUGUCGUCGACCAGCGUGGUCGAGGAGUCCCGGCAAACGACGGAGAGCGAGUCGAGGAGCAGCGUGACGGAGGUGACGAGCGGCAGUCGCGAGGUCAUCAUGGACUCCAAAGGUAACGUAAUCAAGGUCAUCGAGACACCCCCGCGCACCGUCAGCCAGAGCUCGUCCAGCCGUAAGACCGGCAAGACUUCUCAAGACUUUAUCGCCGGCGAGCAAACGCACUCGACUAAGCAAUCAAAGGCGACUAAGCAGGAGGCUCUGCGCGCUGAUGGCGCGGCCUCUCUCACGGAGGGUCGCGUUGCUCUUCAAGGAGACCUUACCGAGCAACGAGCCAGUCAAUCCGUCCAGAUGCAGAGCCAGAGCAAGUCGCACACGAUCCAGCAGCAGUCGAUCUCCUCGAGCACCCUGACGGAGAGCUCGUCGGCGAGCGAAGGUCGCAGCGGCCGUUCCGCGGUCAGACGCGUCUCCCACGACGUCAGGAACGGCGAGCAGGCUCCCACAGUCCACACGUCUUCGAGAUCGAGCGAGAACACUCGUAUGAGCAGCGAGACGAGCGAGGCUCUGACGAAGGACGGCAAGACCGUGUCGAGCACGAUGAGGAUCCGCGAGAGCGGCGAGAAGGUCGACGACAACGGGAGGACCAUGUCCACGUCGAGCCGGGAGGUCGACAGCGAGUGCACGACCCAGCCGGCGGACGUGAGGGCUGUUAAGCGCAGCGACCACGUCAAGAUAAUCGACGGCAAGAGCGCGCACCCCGACGACUCGAGAACGGAGAAAUCACACGCAGAGAUCAGCGCGCGCUGCAACAAGCCCGGCCAGUCCACGUGGGACGGCACGUUUGUCUACGAGAAGCACGCCACCCCGAAGAGCAAGAGCGCGCCGGACAGCGCCGUCGGGAAGGCGGCUCCCGGUGACGGAGGUGCCGUCGACAGAACGGUAUCCGUCGGCUCGAAGGUGCAGGGCAAGCGGGACGGCGAUACCGGCGUUAAAGUCACCCAAGAGUCGUCGGCGACGUCCUCCUCCUCGUUGAGCGCCGAGGCGUCGAGCAGGUCGGUCGUCGACCAGGUCGUAUCUUCGAGCACGGCCGUGACUCGGGAGACGACGCUGGUCGGCGAGAGUAGAUCGUCGACGACGCAACACCUGGUCGCCACGGACACGACGGACUUCGCCGACGAGCGGAGGCACGAGGCGAGCGAGACGCGCGCGAGAGGGCCGCUCCGCCGAUCCAAGCCCGGCGACUCCGCGUGGGACGGCAGCUUCGUCGUGGAGAGAGCGACGGAGACGAAACGACGGCGCAACGACUCCGACGCCAGCGUGUUCCCGCGCCGUCACGCCGACGCCGACGACGACGACGUCGUCGUGGAGACGACGCAGCGGACGGACCUGAGGGAGAAGAGCGUGGGCGAGAAGAGCGCGUACGAGAGGACGUCGUCCGAGACGGUGCGAGUGCUGAAGGGCGCCACGGACAGCACGAGAUUCAUCUCCGAGGAGCGACACGACCGGGAGGAGAGCAAGGAGACCGCUCCGUCUCAACGCGGCGGACCCGGCAGACCCGGCGAUUCCGCGUGGAACGGCGAGUUCGUCUACGAGAGGUCGCCGGAGCACGCGAGGAAGAGGUCCUCGGACGCCACCGUGGUCCGGCGAACGGAGAAACGUCACGACUCGGUGGACGUGGAAGAUGUGAGCGAAGAACAGAACGUCUCCCAGUCGAUCUCGACUUCUUACGUCGUCGAGUACGCGAGCGCCAGCGACAAGAAGACGAACGUUGAGAAGGUCACGUCCGUGUCCGAGGUGAUCGCGGAGGAGGACGGUUCUGCCGAGGACAAGGGCAGGUCGCGAGGAAGUCCCGAGAGACAGGCCAAGCGGGAUGGACCCUCUCGCUGCUACAAACCCGGCCAGUCCACGUGGGACGGCACCUUCGUCUACGAGCGACCCCAGACACCUGAAACUCGCCGCAGCUCGGAGGACAAACGCGUCGUCAAGACUGUCGAUAUCCGAGACGUCACGGAGGACAAUUCGAUCAACGAGGCGGACGUCACGAGCACCUCUUACGUCGUCGAGCAUUCGUCGAGUCAGCAGAGCUUCUCGGACGUGAGGGACGCCAGUCUCUCGUCCACGAUCUACGAGACGGUCAUCUACGAGGGUCACCCUGUCGAGAUGACCAUCAAGAUCGAGGAGGAUACUUGCCGAGACAAAGUCUCGUCGACGGAGCGUCAGACCGGUCCUACCGCGCGCCCCAGGAGUCCCGAGAAGUCAGCCAAGGAGAGAGACCUCCGAGCCACGAAACCCGGCUCGUCGACGUGGGACGGGACUUUCGUGCGGGAGAAACCGCAGGGGAAAAAACGACCAUCCAGCAGAGAAUCCACCGAUGACAGGCCGCCGGACAAACCGCAUGCGGCUGACAGCCAGAAGACGUCUCCGUCGUCUCCGGUGGACACGGCGAGAAAGCACGUCAGCGAGACCACUAUCGACCUGCGGGACGUCACGCAAGGCGUAUCCGCCACGUCGGAACUCCUCAAGAGCUCCGUGCUCAGCACGGAGCAGUCGAGAGUACACGAAAGUUACACGGACUCCAGCACCUCCAUGGAAACCGUGCUCAUCCGCGACGGCCAGCCGGUCACGUCCACGCAAAAAACCGUGACCGUUCAGGAGGGCCCUCGCAGCGGCCCCGCGAGGAGGCUGCCUGGCGGUGACGUAAUCAGCAGCACCGACGUCAAAGAAAGCACUAUUAGAAGCUCAGAGAAGAAGGAGUCCUAUAUGGAGGACAGGAGUUACCGACCUACGAAGCCGGGUUCAUCGACAUGGGACGGCUCGUUUGUGCACGAGAAGCCGGAGAGAAGACCGACCGAUAGGAAGACGCCGAAGGAUACGACUGCAGCCGCGGCCAGGCCGAGUCCGUUGGAAGGAAGACCGACCGACGUCACCGAUUACAAGAAGUCUGUCGCGAUCGUCGAGGAUACGUCGAAGGAUGUGAGAAGCUCGACUGAUUACGUCACGAGCUCCGUCAAGUUCGAGCAGACGCUCGUCACCGACUCCACCGACAAGACACACGACUUCACCGAGGAUACUUUCAAGGAGGACAGGAUACUGUCCAUCGACUACGACAAGCCGAGACGGCCGUCCGACGAGAAACUGACCCCGUCGUCGCCCCGGAAGCGUCCGGACGACGACAAGGAAGCUCCCGAGAAGACUCCGAAGAGUCCGCUGGGUCGCACGCAUCGGCCGUCCAAGCCGGGCGCCUCCACCUGGGACGGGUCCUUCGUUUACGAGAAAACGCAGGACUCGCGAAGGAAAGUGGCGGCCGGCGAGCCGAGCGUGGACGAGCGGAAGCCGACUGAGGCGAAAAAGGAACCGGCAGGUCGGCGGGAACAGCCGGUUGAGCCCACACCGGUCCCGCGGAAAGCGACGGAUGACAAGAGGCAGCAGCAGCAGCAGCAGGACGUCACGCUGCUCAAAUACGUCGAAGAUGUCGCGGAAGAUGUCACGCGUACGUCCGAGCUGGUGCAGCAAUCCACUUUCGUGGUCGAUCAAUCUUCGAGCUUCACGUCCGUGCAAGACGUCCGAGACGUUAGGGACGAGCGUGUCAUCACUGAAUUUACAACGGACACGCGCAAGGAUGUGAGAGAUGUCAGCGAGUCAACGAAGGAAUUUAUCGACAAAGAGCAGGUGACUAGCAUGGUAGCGCGGGAUGUCGUCGACGACACCCGAUUCGACAUCGUCACCGGCCACGCGCCCCAGACUCCGGUGGAUUCCACGAGGAAGCCGUCGCCGGAGCGGCCUGGCUACCCUCGCGGAAUACCCGGGCUCAGGGAAGACGACCGACCGAAGCCAAUCCCCGCCGCUGGGAAACCCAGCCGAUCUCCGCCGCGAGAGCGCGAGAGAAGUCCCCAACGACCGGCGGAACACGGCAGGCCUUCCGAGGCACGGCCCAAGUCGCCGGAGAAGCUGCGGGAUUACACGUCGCCGAGCAGGAAACCGCAACCGGCGGCCGGCAAGCCGAGCCGGCCCGAGGAGAGGCCCUUAGCGGCCAGGAGGCCCGACGAGCAGCCGGCCGGGCCCACCAGACCCACGGAGCCAGAGAGGCCAGCCGCGGGUAGGCCCAGCCGACCCGCGGAUAAGUCUCGGAAGCCCGAGCGAGCCGAGAAGCCGCGACGAGGGGAUCAAACUCCAGACUCGCUCGACGAAGACGACGUGCGCCCGAUACCCGAUAUACUCUCCAAGAUCCCUCUGAAGGAACAAUGCAUCUGCGAGCUUUGUACCUGCGGGCGUCACCGUUGCCCGCACAACUUCCCCGAAGAGCACCUGGAUAUAUCGCGCGACGAGUCGGUGCACGCGGUGAGCUCCUACCGGCAGGAAUACGACGAGAAACACGUGGAAAGGCAGACGAGGUACUAUCAUGAGGACCAACUGCAUACGGGCGGCGAAUUUAUCGGGGAGAGGCGGACCGAUUACGUGGCUACCAAGGGUGAGAGGGCGCCCGUCAGGAAGCCGCAGGAUCACCUCAAGCCCGAGGGUGAAUUCGUCGGCAGACCGAAGCAGGAGGCGCCCACGAGGGGCGAGAGAGCACCUGUGAGGAAGCCGCAGGACAAUCUAAAGCCGGAGGGCGAAUUCGUCGGCAGACCUCGGGAGGAAGCGCCCAAGUAUGGCGAACGUGCGCCGGUCACGAAGCCGCGGGACACCUUGAAAUUCGAAGGGGAACUCGACACUACCACGACGACCGAGCUGGUCUUCACCGGGGCGCCCGGCGAACGACCGAGCCCGAUCCGCCGCAACACUUACACGAAGGUAGAAGGUGACUUCAUCGACGAGACGACCACGCGAUCUCAGUAUGUGGAUCAUCGCAGCAUUCAACGCGCCGAGAUCAUCAAGCGAACGGAUAACCUCACCGUGGGAGAGGGUGAAUUCACGGGUACUUCUCACAUCAAGGAGGACUUCCAGACGCAUGUCGUCGAACGCGAACCUCAGUGGCGACCGAAAUAUCCCGAAGAGACCGACCGGUUUUACAGCAAGACCGACGUCGUGGACAGCACCACCACCACCCAGGAGCAAUAUCGAACCUUCGACCAGACGGAUUACAGAAGUACCACUGUGGUUAGAAGGGCUGAUAACCUGAGAUCCGAGGGACCCUUUGAGGCAUUGCCUCAUACCAAGGAUGAUUAUGUUGCACCGAUAUUGUCGCGCAGGCCGGAAGCUCAGAAACCGAAGGAUAAUUUAAAACCCGAAGGACCAUUCGAAGGGCGACCUAAGGAUGAUUACAGGCCUACAAGAGGAGAGCGCGCCGACGUUAAACGUCCCGAGGAUAACCUAAGACCAGAAGGACCCUUCGAAGGCCGACCUAAGGACGAUUACAAACCGACUUGGGGUGAGCGUGCUGAUGUCAAACGUCCCGAGGAUAAUUUGAGACCCGAAGGACCAUUCGAAGGACGACCUAAGGAUGAUUACAGGCCUACGAGAGGAGAGCGAGCCGACGUUAAACGUCCCGAGGAUAACCUAAGACCAGAAGGACCCUUCGAAGGCCGACCUAAGGACGAUUACAAGCCGACUCGGGGUGAGCGUGCUGAUGUCAAACGUCCCAAGGAUAAUUUGAGACCCGAAGGAUCAUUCGAAGGGCGACCUAAGGAUGAUUACAGGCCUACGAGAGGAGAGCGAGCCGAUGUUAAACGUCCCGAGGAUAACCUAAGACCAGAAGGACCCUUCGAAGGCCGACCUAAGGACGAUUACAAACCGACUCGGGGUGAGCGUGCUGAUGUCAAACGUCCCAAGGAUAAUUUGAGACCCGAAGGACCAUUCGAAGGGCGACCUAGGGAUGAUUACAGGCCUACGAGAGGAGAGCGAGCCGAUGUUAAACGUCCCGAGGAUAACCUAAGACCAGAAGGACCCUUCGAAGGCCGACCUAAGGACGAUUACAAGCCGACUCGGGGUGAGCGUGCUGAUGUCAAACGUCCCGAGGAUAAUUUGAGACCCGAAGGACCAUUCGAAGGGCGACCUAAGGAUGAUUAUAGGCCUACGAGAGGAGAGCGAGCCGACGUUAAACGUCCCGAGGAUAAUUUGAGACCCGAAGGACCAUUCGAAGGGCGACCUAAGGAUGAUUAUAAGCCAACUAGAGGUGAGCGCGCUGACGUUAAACGUCCUGAAGAUAAUUUGAGACCCGAAGGACCAUUCGAGGGACGUCCUAAGGAUGAUUAUUCACCUAAACGCGGAGAACGUCCUGAGAUGAAGCGGCCUGAGGACAAUUUACGCCCUGAAGGAACGUUCGAAGGCCGACCUAAGGAUGAUUACAAGCCAACUAGAGGCGAGCGCGCUGACGUUAAACGUCCUGAAGAUAAUUUGAGACCCGAAGGACCAUUCGAGGGACGUCCUAAGGAUGAUUAUUCACCUAAACGCGGAGAACGUCCUGAAGUGAAACGGCCUGAGGACAACUUACGCCCUGAAGGACCCUUCGAAGGCCGACCUAAGGAUGAUUACAAGCCAACUCGUGGCGAACGUGCUGAUGUCAAACGCCCUGAAGAUAACUUAAGACCGGAAGGACCAUUCGAAGGACGUCCUAAGGAUGAUUUCUCCCCGAAAAAGGCAGACCGUCCGGAAGCGAAACGACCGAAGGAUAAUUUACGACCUGAGGGCGACUUUAUAGAUCGGCCGAAAGAUCAAUAUACGCCCGGUGAGAGACGUACACCGAUUAGACAUCCGGAUAAUUUGUAUCCCGAAGGCGAUUUCGAAAGACCGCAAUUGAUACCUUAUGGUCCUGGCGAUAGAGCUUCCAUCGUGCGUCAUCCCGAUAACCUGUUCCCGAUUGGAGAAUUUCCAGAUAAGGAAGUUGAGCCUUUCCGACCGGCUGAGCGUAGAACACCCAUUAAACAUGACGAUAACCUUCGUCCAGAAGGCGCUUUCAUAGGAAAGCCGAAGGACGAUUACAGACCGACUAAAGGAGAACGCGCUGAUGUCAAGAGACCGGAGGAUAAUUUGAAACCAGGAGGACCUUUCGAAGGACGGCCCAAGGACGAUUAUAGCCCUAAACGAGCGGAGCGUCCAGAAGUGAAGAAACCACAGGAUAAUUUAAAACCGGAAGGGCCAUUCGAAGGACGGCCCAAGGAUGACUUCAAGCCAACUAAAGGAGACCGCGCGGACGUCCGGCGUCCGGAAGAUAACUUGAGACCCGAGGGACCCUUCGAAGGACGCCCAAAAGACGAUUACUUGCCCAAACGUGCUGAACGUCCCGAGGUGAAGCGCCCGGAAGACAACUUACGACCCGAGGGUCCCUUCGAAGGACGUCCGAAAGACGACUAUAAGCCAACCAGGGGAGACCGCGCGGAUGUUAGGCGACCGGAAGACAACUUAAGACCGGAAGGACCAUUCGAAGGACGUCCGAAGGACGACUACUCGCCCAAGCGAGCCGAACGUCCCGAAGUGAAACGUCCGGAGGAUAACCUACGUCCCGAAGGUGACUUUGAGAGACCGGAGAAGGCGCCUGUUGGCCCAGCAGAAAGACGUACUCCGAUUAGACAUCCGGAUAACUUGAAGCCCGAGGGCGAAUUCGAGCGACCUGAUCAGGAAGGUUACCGUCCGGCUGAAAGGUCAGAAGUGAAGAAGCCAGUGGACAAUUUGAAACCGGAAGGUGAAUUUGAAAGACCCCGCCCGGAAAAAUACUCUCCAGCCGAAAAACGAACGCCCGUGAAACAUCCCGAUAAUCUCAAAUCAGAAGGAGAAUUUAUUGGCAAACCCAAGGAGAUUACGCCCACCAAAGGUGAUCGCGCGGAUGUUAAGCGACCAGAAGAUAACCUAAGACCGGAAGGAUCUUUCGAAGGACGUCCGAAAGACGAUUACUUGCCCAAACGUGCUGAACGUCCCGAGGUGAAGCGCCCGGAAGACAACUUACGCCCAGAAGGUCCCUUCGAAGGACGUCCGAAGGACGACUAUAAGCCAACCAGAGGAGAACGUGCGGAUGUUAAACGACCGGAAGACAACUUAAGACCGGAGGGUCCAUUUGAAGGACGUCCGAAGGACGACUACUCGCCCAAGCGAGCCGAACGUCCCGAAGUGAAACGUCCGGAGGAUAAUCUACGUCCCGAAGGCGACUUCGAGAGACCGGAGAAAGCGCCUAUUGGUCCAGCGGAGAGACGUACACCGAUUAAACAUCCUGAUAACUUGAAACCCGAGGGCGAAUUCGAACGACCUGAUCAGAAAGCUUAUCGUCCGGCUGAAAGGCCAGAAGUGAAAAAGCCAGUAGAUAAUCUCAAACCAGAAGGCGAGUUUGAAAGACCCCGUCCGGAAAAAUACGCUCCAGCCGAGAAACGAACACCGGUGAAACAUCCGGAUAAUCUGAAACCGGAGGGUGAGUUCGUCGGCAGACCGAAGGAAGAUUUCACACCUACCAAAGGUGAUCGCGCGGACGUUAAGAGACCGGAGGAUAAUCUGAGACCGGAAGGACCGUUCGAAGGCAGACCGAAGGAUGACUACCGACCGGUGCGUGGAGAACGCGUUGACAUCGUUAAACGUACUGAUAAUCUGCGUAUGGAGGGAGACAUCGAGACGUACAGAUCCAGAGACGAAUACACCGAUUUUCUGACACGUGAAAGGAGCGAGAUCACGAGAUAUGAAGACAAUUUGCGUAUGGAGGGCGAAUUCAUCGAUACGAGGACACGAGAUGACUACAAGGUCGUUAAAGGCGAACGCGCGGAGGUGGUAAAACAUCACGACAAUUUGAGACCGGAAGGUCCGUUCGAAGGUCGACCGAAGGACGAUUACUCGCCCAAGAAAGCCGAGAGACCCGAGCUCAAGAAACCAGAAGAUAAUUUGAGACCAGAAGGCGAGUUUGUACGUCGACCUAAGGAAGAAGCGCCUAAAAAGGGCGAGAGAGCUGAUGUGAAGAAGCCACAGGACAAUUUACGUCCGGAAGGCGAUUUUGAGAGACCAGAGAAGAAACCUAUCGGUCCAGCAGAAAGACGUUCUCCUAUUAAACAUGCGGACAACCUGAAACCGGAGGGUGAGUUUGAGAGACCCAAGCCUGAAGAAUUCAAGCCUGCCGAGAGGCCAGUCGUGAAGAGACCGCACGACAACUUGAAGCCCGAAGGUGAUUUCGUCUCGAGACCGAAAGAAGAAGCGCCCAAGAAAGGCGAUCGAGCUGACGUGAAGAAACCCAAAGACAAUCUGCGUCCCGAAGGCGACUUCGAGAGACCGGAAAAGGCGCCUGUUGGUCCAGCGGAGAGACGUACGCCGAUUAAACAUCCGGAUAACUUGAAACCCGAGGGCGAAUUCGAACGACCUGACCAGGAAGCUUUUCGUCCGGCUGAAAGGCCAGAAGUGAAGAAGCCAGUGGACAAUCUGAAACCGGAAGGCGAGUUUGAGAGACCCCGUCCGGAAAAAUACGCUCCAGCCGAGAAACGAACACCGGUGAAACAUCCGGAUAACCUGAAACCGGAGGGUGAGUUCGUCGGCAGACCGAAGGAAGAUUUCACACCUACCAAAGGUGAUCGCGCGGACGUUAAGAGACCGGAGGAUAAUCUGAGACCGGAAGGACCGUUCGAAGGCAGGCCGAAGGAUGACUACCGACCGGUGCGUGGUGAACGCGUUGAUAUCGUUAAGCGUACUGAUAAUCUGCGUAUGGAGGGAGACAUCGAGACGUACAGAUCCAGAGACGAAUACACUGAUUUCCUGAUACGCGAGAGAAGCGAGAUCACGCGGUACCAAGACAAUCUACGUAUGGAGGGUGAGUUCAUCGAUACGAGAACACGAGACGAUUACAAAGUCGUCAAGGGCGAACGCGUGGACAUAGUGAAACAUCACGACAAUUUGAGACCGGAAGGUCCGUUCGAAGGUCGGCCGAAGGACGAUUACUCGCCCAAGAAGGCCGAGAGAGCCGAGAUGAAGAAGCCGGAAGAUAAUUUGAGACCGGAAGGCGACUUCGUACGUCGACCGAAAGAAGAAGCGCCUAAAAAGGGCGAGAGAGCUGACGUGAAGAAACCGAAGGAUAAUCUGCGGCCGGAAGGCGACUUCGAGAGGCCGGAAAAGAAAGCCGUCGGCCCGGCGGAGAGACGUUCUCCGAUUAAACACACCGAUAAUUUGAAACCGGAGGGUGAGUUCGAAAGACCGAGGCCUGAAGAAUUCAAGCCAGCGGAGAGACCGGUCGUGAAGAAACCGCACGAUAACCUGAAACCAGAGGGUGAGUUCGUCAUUAGACCGAAGGAAGAGGCGCCGAAGAGAGGUGACAGAGCUGACGUGAAGAAGCCUAAAGAUAACCUCAAGCCUGAGGGCGACUUUGAAAGACCAGAAAAAGCACCGAUCGGGCCCGCCGAGCGACGUUCUCCGAUCAAACAUCCGGAUAACUUGAGGCCGGAAGGUGACUUUGAGCGUCCAAAGCACGAGGAAUUCCAUCCAGCAGAGAGACCUCGAGUGAAGAAGCCGACGGAUAAUCUCAAGCCAGAAGGCGACUUCGAGCGGCCGCAGCCGAAGAAGAUUAAGCCAGCCGAGAAGAGGACUCCGAUCAAACAUCCAGAUAACUUGAAACCAGAAGGCGACUUCGUCGGUCGUCCGCGUGAAGACGCUCCUCAGCGUGGCGAGCGAGCCGAUGUCAAAAAGCCGCAGGAUAAUCUGCGGCCGGAAGGUGACUUCGAGAGGCCGGAGAAGAAAGCGGUUGGCCCGGCGGAGAGGAGAACUCCGAUCAAGCACGCGGAUAACUUGAAGCCGGAAGGCGAAUUCGCGGGCAAGCCUAAAGAAGAGGCGCCGAAGAGAGGAGAUAGAGCGGACGUUAAGAGACCCGCGGAUAAUCUCAGGCCUGAAGGGGGCUUCGAGAGACCCGAGAAGGCUCCGAUCGGCCCGGCGGAGAGACGUUCUCCGAUCAAACAUCCCGAUAACCUGCGGCCCGAGGGUGAAUUCGCGUCUCGUCCGAAGAAAGAGACGCCGCUCAAGGGCGAACGGGCGGACGUGACUAGACCGAAGGACAACUUACGACCGGAAGGCGAGUUCGAGAGGCCUCAGAAGUCACCGAUCGGACCGGCUGAGCGACGCACGCCCAUCCGACACGAAGACAACCUGCAUCCGGAGGGCGAGUUUGUCGGCCGACCGAAGGACGACUACUUCGUUCCCAAGCGUGUCGACCGGCCGGUUCAGAAGAAGCCCAAGGACAACCUGAAGCCGGAGGGCGAGUUCGUAGGGAAACCCAAGGACGAUUACAAGCCGACCAAAGGGGAGAGGACGGAAAUCGUGGUGCAUCGGGAUAACCUGAAGAUGGAAGGCGACAUAGACCUCUACCGAUCUCGCGACGAUUACGUCACCACGACCAAACGCGAGCGGGUGGACGUUGUCCACCACGAGGACAACUUGAGAGUCGAGGGCGAGUUCGUUGACAUUCGGCGGCGGGAUGAUUACCGCGCCACCCGUGGUGAGCGUAGCGAGAUCAUCAGACGCGAGGAUAACCUUCGUCCCGAGGGUGACUUCGAGCGACCAGAGAAAUCGCCGGUCGGACCCGCGGAAAGAAGAUCUCCCAUCAAACACCCCGACAACUUGAAGCCGGAAGGUGACUUUGUGCAACGACCGAAGGAGCUCGCGCCCAUCAAGGGUGACCGAGCCGCCGUGAAGAAGCCGCGAGACAAUCUGAGACCCGAGGGUGACUUCGAGAGACCGAUAAAGUCGCCCGUCGGCCCUGGUGAACGGCGAUCGCCCAUCAAGCAUCCCGAUAACCUUCACCCGGAGGGCGAUUUCAUCGGCAGGCCGAAGAAGGACACACCGCUCAAGGGUGAUCGGGCAGACGUAAAGAAACCGAAGGACAAUCUUCGUCCCGAGGGCGAAUUCGCGAGACGCACGCCGAAGAAGGUGGAGCCGGCCGAGCGGAGGACUCCGAUCAAGCACGAGGACAAUCUGCAUCCCGAGGGAGACUUCUACAUACUGCCCAAAGACGACUUCACCCCGAAGAAAGGGGAUCGCGUGCCGGUCAAGAGACCGCAGGACAACCUUCGUCCCGAGGGCGAGAUGGAAGUGUCACCCUCUUCGAAGGACGAUUACAAGCAUGUGAACGGAGAACGCGUAGAAGUGCGUCGGCACGAGGACCACCUGCGUAUGGAGGGACAAAUGGACGUCCGUCGUUCAAGAGACGACUACAAGAGAGUCACGAAGGUGGAGAGAGUGGACAUGGUGAAGCGUGAGGACAACCUCAGGAUGGAGGGCGAGUUCAUCGACGUGCGUCGCAAGGACGACUACGUGCACGUCAUCGGCGAGCGUGUUCCGACAAGGAAACACCCGGACAACCUGCGUCCAGAGGGAGACUUCGAAAUGCCCCAGAAGACAGCGAUCGGUCCUGGCGAGAGGAGGACGCCUAUCAGACAUCCGGAUAACCUGAAGCCGGAGGGCGAUUUCGAGCGCGCAACUCCGCAGAAGAUCAGACCGAGUGAACGACGCUCGCCGAUACGUCACGCGGAUAAUCUGAAGCCGGAAGGCGACUUCACCGGGCGAGCGCGCGAUGACUUCAUCGCCAAGAGAGCGGAGAGGACCGAGGUCGUGAGGAGGGAGGAUAAUCUGAGGAUGACGGGUGACUUCGAGGGCACGACGUCGCACAAAUCGAGCUACACGGUGAUGCGCGGUGAACGCGCGGACAUCAAGUCUCACGAGGACAACCUGAGAAUUAGCAGCGGCGCUAUGGAGACCAAGACGACCACCAAGGACACGUACACACCGUCGAGGCGAGAAAUGUCUCCCGCUGGUAAGCCGCUGAACCACCGCAGGCACAUGGAGUCGUCCAUCAUGCUCGGCGACGACACCGCCACGAUGACCACGACGAACCAACGUAACUACAACACGUACACGAAGCGCGCAGGGAAGGACAUCGCCGCGAAGAUGAGCAAGAUAGAGUCCGACAGUAAGAAAACCGUGGAGUCGCGGGAGACACUCGCGGACGGGAUGGUCGUGACGACCACGAGACGGACUUCCGCUCAGGCCGAUCAGAGAGUCAGCAGCAAUACUCAGACUAUCAGCCACCAGCAACAGACUCACGCGGCCGAGCGCCGCGCGAUCCAACAUACUGACGCUCACAUGGACUCGCGGAAGACGAGCGAGCAGCAUUCACGGUCGCAGAGCCGCCGGACGGCGGCUGAGGACAAGUCCGUGACGGAGGCGCAGAGUCACCGCGGGCAGAUCCUCCGGGAGGACAACGCGUCUCGCUACAUGAGCGACGCCACGCACGGCGAGCACCAUCAUCGCCAGCAAACGCAUCAGCAGCACGUCGAGCGCCAGCAGCAGGAAGCGAGCAAACGCGAUUACGUGAACACGCAACACAUGGAGAGUCGGCAGACCAUAGCGAGGUCUUCGGCGAAGCAACAGCAUGAACAACACACGCACUCCAGUCAGACGCGAUACCACCACACGACCUCGCAGUCGAGCAGCCCGGAAUUCCGCCAAGCGAUCAACGGCCAGGGUACGAGCGCGGAGCGGUCGCAGGUGGACUCGGCCACGAGAGUCAGCCAUCACCGGAAGAACGUGAUAUCCUCCUCAUCGGCGGACAUGAGCAACGCGGUACUUCACCGACGCGGCGCUGCUUCGUCCACCGAGGCACUGCACACCAUCUCGUCCACGGCGGCGGAUCAACGCAAGAGCAUCUCGAAUCUGGCCGAGAGCGGCCAGUUCAUCAGCAAUUCGAGCCAGAGCAGCGACCGGCGCAGCCUGACCUCGCUGCACCGCAGCACCAAGGACGCGAAUCCUUGGGCUGCGUCCAGCUAUGAACGGCCGCAGAGGAUCGUCCGGCAGGACAACCUCACCGUCGGAGGGAAGUUCUACUCGCAGAGCGAGGCCAAGAAUUACGGUAACUUCUCGAGCACUCAGAGAGUCGAGAGGGUUCAGCGGCAGAGCAACGUGUCGCAUAUUAACCUGGGCGACGGCGGCACCGUCGCCACCAGCAUGUACAAGAAGGAGUAUGCACCCAGGCACCGCGGGCCAUGCCCGGCGGCUCUCUUAGAGGCCAAACAGGCGCCCUUCAAGCACACUAGAGACACGCCGAAGCACAAGUUCUACAUGCCGGUUGUCUCCAACUGACACGCCCGAGCGAAUUUGCGACCUUCUCCUCGUUACGCCUUUCGCUAAAAUCACUCGUCGCCGAGGACGCGACAAUAUCGAGGUACGGGGAUCGUUGAUGUAGAUGCUGUUUUAACGUAGGCCGCGAUUUAAUCAAGUUGCAUUCUGUUGUAUCGACCGGCAGGUUUUAAGUAACGGGGAUAAAAUUGAGGGUUGAGAGAUGAUGAAAACCGGUGGGAAAUUCGCGGGUAUAUCGCGUAAUAAAGUAAACGUCUACUUUCGGGAUCGGCUCGGGCCUUGCCGUGGCCGACGCGACGGUCUGAGAGUGAAAGCUCGAGAAAAGUCUCGAAUGAUGCGCGUUGUUGAAAAGUGGAUUCUUCUUUCAUCGUAAUCGCAUCGUCGGGACGUCAUUGCGAGUGAACGAGGUCGCGGACACGGGCGGUUGGAAACCGCAAUAUCAACGAAUGAGCUUUCAUCUGUCGGGUGAUAAGUGGCUCCCCCGCCAGCAAUAUCGAAUACAUAAUCCACCGAGGAAUAUAUACACGUAUAUAUGCAUAUACAUUUAUAUGUAAUUAUAUAUACCGGCGAGAAACCGGCCGUCCCCUUUUAGGACGCGAUCGCAGAUACGCAAACGUAUAAUAAUUAUAUAUAGUCGAUAAUCGCUAACUUUUAUCUGCCGGCGAGCAGAUAGCCGCCCAUUAUGGAUUCCUUUCUUCUUGAAACACGUGUAUACAAAGCAAUAACUAGAGCUUAAAUCCGUGAUACGGUCGAAUCUAACGGAAGAUUAGUUUCGUCCGAUAUAAUUAGAGUGUAGCACACGCAUCAUAUUAUUAUUCUAUUUCCCUGACAUCAACGUACGAAGUUUUUUUAUGUGACAAUAAGCUGUUCUUCGCGCUUUCGUUUUAUUUAAUUGCCAGCUUGUUUUACGGUUACACGCUUGAUUGGGCGUUAUAUAUUCCAUGCGGGAAAUAUAUUCUCAGCUGUAUGUUAAACGGAGGUUAUGUAUGUUUUUCUUUCCAUUAUGGUUUCCUUUGUGGUUUUCCCGUUAAUUAACGCUCGUCACAGACGGGCGAAUUAUUUACUGGAUGUUGGUUUAUUUACUUUAUUUACUGAACAUUUAUUUUAUUCGAAUAAAAUUGUUUCGCAAUAAU